GAAACUAAUUAAGAGAGGGGUUGAAUUCGUAGUUUCCUAUUUCUAGUCAAAAAUUUGCAUUUACGGUUGAAACUUCUUCCUGUUAACUUCGUAAAAUUGAAUUUUCUAUAUUCCGGAAUUUAGUUCAACGAACAUGGCUCAAUCAUUAAUUAACGUUAUCAAAAUUUUCUUGCCAAUAAUAAUCAGUGGCAAUGUGCUCGGUUCAGUUUGCCCGGCUACGGAUCUUGGAACUUGUCAACUGGGUGCCCACGUCUAUUAUAUAGAUUCAAUUUAUCCUGUGGCCGACGUGGUUCGUCUCCACAAUGCUAUUGCAAAUACCAAUAAAAGUAUAAUCAUAGAUGUUUUUAUCACUAAACACCUCGGAAACCGUAAAAGAUUUUUGGAAGAUUAUUCUCAUGCUUAUGGCAAAAUAUUAGUAUUUCAUUGUAGAACACAUUUAUUUGGAAAGUUCGGUGAUUUAAUCACUGCCCUCGCAAAUCCGAAGAUACUUUUUCUUAUCCACCAAUUACAUGUCAUAUUCUCAAACCCACACCGCAAUAAUUAUGACAUUCUGUUCGGAAUCUUAUGGUAUCACGAUAUCAAAGGUAUUAAAAGAUCUUACCAAUCAGCUUAUAGAAUUGAGAUGGUAGAACAUUUUAAAAAUUUACCGGAUUUUAUACAAAACCAAUUUGAUAGUAUAAUCGACCCAUCUAGUCAUAAUUCAGGCGACGGCGAAUUAAAGCUCAGCCAACCUGAUUUUUUUUGUGAAAAAUUGUUAGAAGCAUCAAGAGAUGUAGAUAUGGAUCGUUUUACAUUCUUCAUCGUUUCGACUCUAAACGAUGAUAUUCUUAAUGAAGUAGAUUUUUCAUGUACACUGAAUUACGAUAAGCCACUAAAGAGUCUAUUAGAAGCACUUCCCUACGAAGGUUACCGCGAAGCAGUUUCAGCUAUUCUUAAUGCCUCUAGGAUUUACGAAGACAAUAUGCUGCGCUCAGAUUGAAAAAAUUAAUCAACUUAACGAUAAUUAAUUGUGCAGAAUUUAUCUUUAUAUUUUAAUGAAUAAUAAUGAGUUUUUUAAUUGAAUUAAACUUUCAAUCGAACAAAUCGACUGUAACUUUUUCACAUAAACAAUGAUUGUAUAAUAAACUUUUUUCUUUUAUA